CAAACAUGUCUGCGCCCAUAGAGAAGAUCAAAGUUCCUAGAGAAGACGAUGAAAGAAUGGCGUAUUCAGUAGAAGACACACGAGAUGACUCUAGCUUGUCAUCAUGCGACGAUCAAAUGACAGAAGAUAGGCAAUCGGCACAGCCUCCUUUUUUGGAGCCAGUGGAAAAUGCAGACUUUGGGUUUGAAACGCCUUGUUCCACGACAGUGCCAGUGCCAGUGGCUACGACUACGAGUAGUGUCGUUAGUGGUGAUAAUGAUAUACAGAGUAAGCCAGAUGAGGUUCCUCCGGAAUGCCUGCGGCGGGUCUCACGGGUCAAAGCACCUCUAGAAGAAGAGUCAGGCCUACUGAAGUUUGAUAAACAGAUCGUCCCACCUCGUGUAAAUUGUGCAGAGAAAAUUGUUAUAUGCUUGGACAUAUCCUCUGAACACAGUCAGGAGCCAUUCCGUGCGAAAGAUGGGUCGCACUAUGAACCACUAACUAUGCUCAAGAGAGUCAUUGAGAAGUAUGUAAAGUUAAAGCACAGAAUCAACAAUGAGCACGAAUUUGCACUGAUACUGAUUACUGAGACAGCGCAUUGGAUGUAUGGCUUCACGUCCGACGUGGAAGAGAUGGUGUCGAUGAUCGAAGGACUCGACCCGCAGCAGACGUGCGACAGCUGCGACCUCUCCGCACUCUUCCGCGUCAUCUUCGAGCACGUGCAGCUCCCCCUGGUGGAGAAGCCGAGCAUCGUGCCGCCGCCGUACGUCGUGCGCGUCGUCGUGCUCUACAAUCGCUCGCACUGCAUGCCGCUGUUCCAAGACGGCAAGGAGGUGCUGGACAUGCUGCAGCGAUCACCUUACUUCUUCACGGACGUCAUCUAUGCGCACGAUGUGCCGACGAACGACAACAAGUGUGAGGAGGUGUUCGACGCGCUCUGCACGCUCGACGACAUCUGGCAGACGUCGUAUCUCUUCGAGGUCGACCGCAACAUCGCGCGUCUCCACGACACGUUCGCUCGCCUGCUCGCCCACCCGCUGCAGCGCUGCCACCAGGACGCGUGCAGCUACCUGCUGCAGCCACGCCCCUCCGCCGCCGCCGCCGCCGCUGACCCCGCCGACCCGCCCAAGUAGGGGGCGCCGCGGGAGCGUCUCCUCGCGAGUUUCCGACGGGGAACAACCGGAGGCGUGUUGCUUCGGACGAAAAAUCGGGUGUCGCCCACCAGGGGGCGUCGUCUGCGAAGAAACGGGUCGUGCUCGCCUUGAGGGACGGGCGAGUGUCACAUGGCGGGCUUUUCUCGCCGAGAAUCGUGCGCGAGAUGGCCGUUAAAAAACUGCAGCGGUACUCACCAGGGGGCGCAGCUGACGCAUUUUGCGCGAGCUUGCGUCGUUCCCCGUUAGUUUGUCCGUUGCUAGGGAAACGGGGAAGUGAGCAUGGAAUCGUGCAUAUCCGUGACGUCGCCAUCUGCUAGCGUAUCCGGGCAACCUGCGAUGUUUGCGUCUGCACCAGGAUAAUCGCUGUUGCUGGUGAAACCUGCACGUGAGAAGUGUGAAGUGGCCGUGACUGGGACUGCUGGUGAAAGCCCCCUUUCACCACACUACCCGCCAAGCUUUAUCCCAUGUCUGUUUAUCGUGUUGCUGCGUGUGUUCUUUUGUUAUAAAUAUGAUGUCAAUAACCA